GAGUAUGAGCCCAAGCCAGCAGCAGCAGCAGCAUCUGAUUCAGAAGACGAGGGAUCAGGGGAGGAUGAAGAAGUGUCAUUUACCGAUGUACAAGAAGUGAUCUCCAUUGAACAAGAAGACCCAGGACACUUUACUCUCCCCCCUCACUUAAGAUGUGCCUCGCACACACUUAAUUUGAUAUCAACUGUUGAUAUUGAAAAAUGGUUAACAGUGACAAACAAAACAAUUUACAGAAGUGCCACUGCAAAGUGCUCUGCCCUCUGGACUAAGGCCAGCCGGUCUACAGUAGCUGCAGAGCUAGUGGAAAGCCUUUGUGGAAAAAAGCUCAUGGUGCCUACAGUGACGAGAUGGAACUCUUUCCACAAUGCAGUUGCACGAAUAACUGAGAUAUCCAGACCACAGUUCUCUGUACAACUCUCUGCAGUCAGUUAGGUGUACGAGCCUUUUCUGAGCGAGAGUACAAAUUCCUUGUAGAAUAUUGCACAGUCACAAAACCACUUACAAAAGCUUUGGACUGUUUACAAGGGGAAAAUGAUUGUUAUUAUGGGAAUCUAUUACCAACACUGGAGUCUCUGAUGUCAAAGACCUUGGCAUUGCGUCCCGACCUCUCCGAGAUGAUGGCAAAUCUGCCUGAUGUCAUAGUGCAGGCCAUCAAAACCCGCUUUGCUUUUGUUUUGGACAGUAGGGAGGGUCUCAUGGCUGCUGUCACUCUGCCGAAGUUCAAGAUGAGGUGGUUGAGGGAAGAGACCAGGAGAGAGGCCCUAAAGAAUCUGCUGAUAACAGAGUGUCGUACUUCACCCCUGGCUGCACCCCACAAUCAGGAGCAUGAGGUCAGGCCUCCACAGAUUAGUCCAGCAACCAGCAGUAGUGAGGAUGGCUUUUUUGUGUUUGAGGAAGAGCAGGAUUCAGGAUCUUUUUGCCCAGACAGGGAGGUCAUAGAGUACCUAAAGUCUGGGUCAGAGAUGGGGGUCCUAGACAACUUCCCCAGAAUUAAGAACUUAUCUUUAAAAUACAAUACAGCACCAGCAUCCAGUGCUCCAGUGGAGAGGCUAUUCAGCCUGGGAAGCCUUGUUCUCACUCCAAGGAGGAACAGGUUAGGAGACAAGCGCUUUGAGAGGCUCCUCCUUAUGAGGUAUAACCACUACUUGACAAAUAAGCUGACACAUUCAGAAGCUCAUAUUUUGCACCAGAAAAAUGCAUUACAGUAAAUGCCAACUGUAUUUUUCCUUUUAUAUACUUUGAGUCUUCUGUAUUUGCUUUAACUCAUUUCAACAACCUACCUCUCCUCUGCACUGUGUUUUGCU